UAAAUUUAAUGUCUCAGUAAUCACUAAGUUAGUUUUCAUAACAUAGUCAAUAAUAAUAAUAGUAAAACUAGUAGCCAGGUUAGAAAUUAGGAAGUUCAAUUGAAGAUAUAACUUAGGAUUUGGAGGAAUUAUUUGAAUCACUCAAAAGUAAUAUUCAUAAAAUAAUAAUUUAUUAGUUGAGAAAUAAGGAUCAUAAGUUGAUUAAAUAGAAAAAUCAACAUUAUUAGCAUUACUUCUAUAUUUAAAUAUAGACAAAUCAGAAACAUAAUUUUUCAAUUAUGUUGUGAGGACAUUAGAUCAAAUGCAAUCAGUAAUCAAAUAUCAAUAAUUUAAUAGCCUACUUUAAAUAAAGACUAAUUUAAAUCUUUAUUUUUGGAUCCUCAAAUAAAUACAGAGAAUUUGAAAAGCGAAGAGUUUGCAUAAAUUUUUAGUGUUUUUGAUUUAUAGAAAAAAGGAUCGUUUAGCGCCGAAGAUUUCUUGAAAUUGUAUAAAGAAACUUCUGAAUAUUUGAAUUUAACUGAGAAUUAGAAAUAAUAAAUAGAAGCAAGAAUAAAAAAAGAUUUUGAGAUUAUCAGUCCUGAACAUAAAGAAAUAACACCUAUUGAAUUUUUUAAGAUAGUCAAUAAUUAAGGGUGA